CAGAGAACAAGUAGUGUAGAUUAAACAGUAGUAGAUUAAACUUCCUUGAACAGCUGGAGUAUCCGCCCACUGUCAACAGAAGGAUCCGUUCGCGUCUCCGGACGCGCAUCCAGGAGCGCGGCAGACUGUCCACGAUGUGCCGCUGCGCGCUCCGGUCUGUCUGAACUUCUCAUUUUAAGGCCAGAAGCAAAAGUCACAACAUAUUAGGAAGGAUUUUUUUGUGUGUAUUUUGCUGUAAACAUGGAGAGACGAGGCGCGUUCGUGACUCCUUUUCCCAGACCGCGGUGUCUGGCGGCAGCGGCGCCGGCGGAGAAAGCGAAAUUAACCCACCCGGGGAAGGCGAUCCUGGCAGGUGGAAUUGCAGGUGGCAUUGAGAUCUGCAUCACCUUCCCCACAGAAUAUGUGAAGACCCAGUUACAGCUGGAUGAGAAAGCCAACCCACCCAAAUAUAAAGGAAUCGCUGACUGUGUGAAGCAGACAGUACAGGGUCACGGUGUCAAAGGACUGUACAGAGGACUCAGCUCACUCCUCUACGGCUCCAUUCCAAAAUCUGCAGUCAGGUUUGGAAUGUUUGAGUUUCUCAGUAACCAUGCGAAGGAUGAAUCUGGACGACUGGGCAGCACCAGAGGUCUGCUGUGUGGACUUGGAGCCGGAAUCAUGGAGGCUAUUUUAGUGGUCUGCCCCAUGGAAACCAUUAAAGUUAAAUUCAUCCACGACCAGACUUCAGCCUUCCCCAAAUACAAAGGUUUCUUCCAUGGUGUCAGAGAGAUUGUCAGGGUUCAAGGUUUGAGAGGGACAUAUCAGGGUCUGACAGCGACUGUCCUCAAACAAGGCUCCAACCAGGCAAUUCGCUUCUUUGUGAUGACCUCACUGAAGAACUGGUACAGAGGUGAUAACCCCAACAAAGCUAUCAAUCCUUUAGUGACUGGAGUGUUUGGAGCCAUUGCAGGGGCAGCCAGUGUAUUUGGAAACACUCCACUAGAUGUCAUCAAGACUCGCAUGCAGGGUCUAGAAGCACAUAAGUACAGGAACACAGUGGACUGUGGCCUUAAGAUUCUGAGACAUGAAGGCUUGGCAGCUUUCUAUAAGGGGACAGUUCCCCGGCUGGGCCGUGUGUGUCUGGAUGUUGCUAUAGUUUUUAUUAUCUACGAGGAGGUGGUGAAGGUUCUGAAUGCUGUGUGGAAGACUGACUGAGACAACUUCACCUCCCUGCUUCAGACAC